CCUAGACUUUUCGCCGGCUGAUGUGUACUGUCAUGGCGCGAUCUGUUUUGUCGGCGUAAGGUAGAAUUGUUAAUCUUGUCGCAUCCAUCAUCAGAGAAGCAUAAUGCAAGCCAGACUCUUUGCGCUUGUGAUAUCGUUCUUUAUUUACGCAUCUGCAUCAUCGCAGGAUGUUUCAUCUGUGCGAAAUACUGAUGUUGACAGGAAUAUUGACUUGGCAUCGCAGUUGGUCAAAGUAGUCACAAAAAUCACCGUUGAAAAUGCGGGUAAAAGCCCACUUAAAUCCUACUUACUAGCACUUACCAGCGAGGAGAAGCAGCACCUUGCAUAUCUGGGUGUUACGAACCCUUCUGACAAUUCAGCACUCACCGUGACCGAGACUCAACUCCAGCAACAAAAGAACUUCUAUCACUACCGAGUAGAUCUGGCAACACCAAUCGCGCCGGGCAAAUCUGCAAAGUUGGAAGUGGAGGCGACGUUCACCAACCUCGUGACCCCCCACCCUUCACACAUCACUCAGGCAGAAAGGCAGCUGGUCCUAUACCAGGGCUCUCACUACUUCAUCUCCCCCUAUGGCACCAAGAGUCAGACAACUAAGGUUGUGUUGCCCAGCGCCAAGCUGGAGUCCUACUCCAAGCUGCGUCCCGUCAGCCAGUCCGAAGCCACACUCACUUACGGUCCUUACGAGAAUGCCCAGCCUUACGGACAGGACAAGAUGGUGAUCCACUAUGAAAACAACAACCCAUUCCUGACAGUUACCAACUUGGAUCGAUCCAUUGAAGUGUCCCACUGGGGAGUCAUCUCCGUGGAGGAAGUGAUUGACGUGCGUCACUCGGGUGCUGUGCUCAAGGGGUCCUUCUCUCGCUACGAGUACCAGCGAGAUCAGAAUGGAGUCUCCUCCGUGAAGUCGUUCAGGACUGUGCUCCCAGCAUCCGCAUCCGACGUCUACUACCGUGACGAGAUUGGCAACAUCUCCACCAGCCAUCUUCGCACCUUGGACGACUCUGUGGAAGUGGACAUUCGCCCCAGAUUCCCUCUCUUUGGAGGGUGGAAGACCCAUUACGUGCUCGGCUAUUAUGUGCCAACCUACGAGUACCUCUACAAUCUGGGUGACCAGUACCUUCUAAAGAUGCGUUUCGUGGACCACGUCUUUGAUGAUAGUGUGGUUGAAAAGGCAACUGUCCGUAUCAUCCUGCCAGAAGGAGUCAAAGACAUCCGUCUCAAGACGCCCUAUGGAGUGACAAGGCUUUCCGACGGUCGCCACUACACUUACCUGGACACCAUCGGACGGCCAGUUGUGGUAUUGCAGAAGUCUAACCUCGUGGAACAACAUAUUCAGGACUUUGAAAUUCACUACACGUACAAGCGUAUCCUCAUGCUUCAAGAACCACUGCUCGUGGUAGUAGCACUGUACCUGCUCUUCCUGUUGGUUGUCAUCUAUGUCCGACUGGAUUUCACCAUCACAAAGGACCCAGCACAUGAGAGCAAGCUGCAAGUGAGUGGGCUGCUAGAAAAAGUCGCACAGCAUCAAGACAAGCGUGUGGGACUUUAUGCUCAAUACGAUGCAGCUCUCGGGAAGUACAAGACGAGCAAGGACUCUGUGGGAUAUCAGGCGGUGCUCAAGAAAAUAAAUGCAGAGCACAAGACCCAUACACAAGCCAUCACUGACCUUGUUGUGAAGCUCAAACAAGAGGGUGCUGAAGCAUUGGAAACGGUAAACGAACUGCAGCGCCUUGACCGCAACCUGAAGGAACAGUUCCAGCAGCAAAUGACACUGCUGGAGAAGCUGAUGACCAGCAAGCUGAGCAAGUCUCAGUACGUAGAGGCUGAAACUAACAUCCAGAAAAAGAAGGAAGAGCUGGCUGAGAGGAUGUCCACUCUCACCGCCACCCUCUAGUCAGCAGUGUUCCGAACACGGUCAUUCAUCUGAGCACUUUUGCCCACUCCAAGGGAUUUUGCUUUUCAUUGUUUCAUCAGGAAUAAACUUUGGGGCCUUGUUUUUUC